CUCGUUAUUUUUUAAAUUUUUUUAAUCAUAAUGAAAGAUUUUUGUUUGAAUUCGAAAAAAAUAAAGAUUAUAUCACAAUCGAAAAUCUUAUGAACUAUGGUAAGGCACUUCAAACACACAGUGAAGUAAUCAUGAUAUUUUUGGAUGACUUAAUGUACAAUAGUGCAGAUAUAUUUCCUUUUAAUUUGAUCGCUAUAAAUAUGUACUUAAAUAAUGUUUCUGGUACUUUAAAUAUGAUUACUCAAAAUGGAAAUGGUGAAAAAAAUGAUGCUAAAAAUUUAUUAAAAGGCUAUAAGAUUAUUCAUUUCGUAAUUAAAGAAGAACUAAAUAUUUACAUAAAUAGUCAUUGUAAGGAAAUACAGUUUAAUUAUAAUAUGGUUAGUUGCAAUCAUCCUCCAAUCGGUAAAAACGAGUAUACUACUAGUAAUCUAGUAAACAUAAAUAAUUAUCUCAAAAAUAGAAUACUAUCGAUGUUAAGUACAUCAGUAGAAAGGAAUUCAUACGAAAAUUUUCACCCGAAAAAUAUUUUGUUUUACCAUUUAAUGACCCGACAAAUUCUCAGAGACAAAAAUAAUAGUAUAAAAAUAGAUAAUAGUCAACACAUAGAAUUAAAUUUACUUCGAUUUACUCCACUUAACGUUAAAUGCUCUGACAGUACUCGUUUAACUAUACAAGACGUUUUUGAAUAUAUGAAAUAUAAUUUUAAUUCUAAUGAUGUGUUAUCAUACAUAAAAAUGGUAAUUAUGGCUACGUUUCGUCCAAUAGCUAUUGUUAUUCGUAACUUUUUAACCUUAAUUCAAGUUGCAUCUUCAGAGAAGUCAGAUAGUGUAGCAUUGUGGUUAAAACCGAAUCUUAUUGUCAUGGGUAAAACAAUAAGAAAACAUGUAAUAGAAUUCAUUUCUUUAUACCUAAUCAAUAAUAAACAUAUAUUUCUGAAAAAAAAAGUCUUAAAUGGAUUUAACAUAGCCUUAAAAAAUUACAUUAAUAACCAAAAGUUGACUGAAAGUGAUAAUAAAAAUAAUAAUACAUUAAUUAAAUCACUUUCAAAUUUCUUUAUCAAAAACAAAUUAUACUUUACAUGUGAUAUAUUUCUUACCAAUAAAAGUAUUACUGAAAAUAAUGCUGAUGACAUUAAAAAUCAAUUUAAACAAAUCAUGCAAAAUGUUGAUAUCUAUAUGAACGAUUUGAAAAAAUGGAGUACCUAUUUUAAUAUUAUUAUAAGAAAUUUUAGGAUUCGGUCUUUCAAUGUUUCAGAUUAUAAUACAUUUUUUGAUUAUAAAGUUUUAAAUCGUAUUUGUAAUACUCAAGCACAUUCUGAAAUAUACAAUGCUAGUGUGAAUAAUAGUCAUAAAUUUAAAAUUGAAUAUUAUAAAGAUGUAGAUGCUGUGGAAGAUGAUAUUACAAAAUUUAACUUAGAGAAUCUAAAAGAUAAUCCUGACAAAAGUAAUAUCGAUACAAAUGACUCCCUUCAAAAUCAAUCAACUUAUAAACCUCUUUACAUGAUUGAUUAUUGGCCAUAUAAUGUGUAAAGUGAUAUGAUUAAAAUUGUUUUUAUAAUAAAUAAUGUAUAUUUUCAUAACUUACUUGCAAAGCCUUUGUCUUUCCAUUUUAGUAU